AACCAGAAGAUAUGCGCGCUCAUUUCCAAAGCAUAUUUAAGCACGUUCAUCUUCCACAGAACCCUUCACUCAUAAGCAAAACAAAAAGAAAGCCCCUCCCCAAUCAAAGCAAAAAGACCCAACCAAAACCCACCACCAAAAGUAAAAGCAAAAGCAAAUCAAACUGACCUGAAAUUAUGGAAGAAGAAGGGGAGGACUCCACACCUGGCACCCCAUUUUGGCUGCAAAGCUCCACCAAUCACCGCCUCGGUCGCCGCCGCGUAUCGUCUUUCUUCUUCAACUCCGGCCUCUUAAUCGUCCUCUUAUGUCUAACCGCAGUCGUGUCCAUAUUCUUCAUCAUUCCUUCAAUUGUUUCUUUCACCGGCCAGAUCCUCGGACCGACGGUCAGAAAAAGCUGGGACUCGGUUAACAUUGUACUGGUUUUGUCUGCUUUGGUCUUCGGGUUUCUCAGUAGGAACAGAAACCGCGAUUACGAUGAAAACCACCGGAAUGUUUCUUCUCCUCAUGGGGUUACAAGUGAGAUCCAGAAGUCGAAUCCUUCAACGCCGCGUCAACAAUGGUAUGAGUAUGCCGAUCGGACGGUGUAUAGUAGUUCAUCUGCCGUCAAUGGUGGGGGGUUGAGGAGGAACAGUUGCUCGUAUCCAGAUCUACGCGACGCGUCGCCGUGGCUCAACGCCGAUGAUCGGUGGAGAUUUUCGGAUGAUAUACAAGUGGAAGCUCACCGGUAUUCCGACUCCGAUCGGUUUCGCCGGCGCCGGAGUUGGAAACGAGUUUACGAAGAAGAAGGAGAAGAAGAACAAGCCGCUCCUGUGACUCGUGUUGAGGAAGAUUCAUAUACUCCGCCGCCGCCGCCUUCACCACCUACGCCGCCUCCACCUCCGCCGACCACUCUUCAUCGGAAGCCGAAGAGAUCAUUUGAAAGUGUUGCAUAUAGAGAGCAAGUAAAAGGAUCAGAAGCAGCAAAAACUCUAGCACCACCGGCGGCGACACCUCCGCCGCCGCAGGUAGAUUCAGAGAAGAAGAGCAGCAAAAGUGAUCGGAAAAGAAGCGGAGCAAAUGAAACUAAGGACUUGUUCACCUCAAUUUACAAUCAGAAGAAUAAUAAGAAAAAGAAACAAAGGCAAAAGAGCGUCGACAACUUCGAAACCCUAAUUCAACCUCAAGCUCCUACACCGCCACCACCUCCGCCGUCUCAGCCGCCUUCUGCUCUGCACAAUUUAUUCUCAUCCCAAAAAGGCAAGAGUAAGAAGAUCAUCACCGUUCCGCCACCGUUCACGACGGCGCGUGCGGCGAAAUCCACUGCCAUAAUUCCGCUGAAAACGAGCGAUUCCAUUAGAGUAGUAGAGAAUUCCAACAGCGGAGGAGAAUCGCCGUUGACCGGCUGCGAGUCGCCGUUGAUCCCGAUCCCGCCGCCGCCUCCGCCGCCGCCGUUCAAGAUGCCGAGCUGGAGAUUCGUGGUGAAAGGCGAUUACGUAAAGGUGGGGAGCAUGGACAGCUCGCGCAGCGCGUCCCCCGAUGAUUCACCGGCGAGCACCCCUACCGCCGCGAACGGCGGAGACGCGGCGGCGCAGCUGUUCUGCCCGAGUCCGGACGUGGAUACGAAAGCGGACAUGUUCAUUGCGAAGUUUCGGGCUGGGCUUAAGCUUCAGAAGAUGAAUUCGAUGGUAAGGCAAAAGCAAGGGCUGGGCUUGUCUAAUCUAGGCCCAGAUGCAAAGCCUGGACCGGGCCCAAGUCAAAUUUGAGUUCAGUUACCAGAAUAUCAUUUUGGCUUCCAAAUUCGUUCAUUUUUUUUUCUGAAUAAUAUGAGGUUUGUUGAUUUGAGUUGUUCUUAAGAAAUAUAUACUAUGUAGUAGUAUAAUUUUAGUAUGUUUAGAAGUGGAAUGUACAGAGGUUUUAGAUGGGUUUGAGGAGAGUUACAAAUAACCGUUGAAUUGAAGAUUUUUUCGGAUUUUAGAUGGGUUUGAGGAGAGUUAUAAAUAACCGUUGAAUUGAUCAGGGUUACAAUUCUAAUGUUUAUCAAGAAAUCUAAAUUAUUGCAUUCCACA